UCUUCUUCUUCGUCUUCUUCUUCCCCGAGCAAUUCACCUCGAAUCCCUCGUCCAUGGCCGCUUCUCGCGUGCUUCAGCGGCGCCUCGCCUCUUUGCUCCGUCCCAAUCGACCCCCGUCUCUCGUCUCCCCAGGUCUAGUUUUUGAGCUAUGAGAGGAUCGUCUUUUUUGAGAAGCCGCGUAGAUUAUCGGCUGUUGAUAUGUUAUCUUUCUUUCCCUGAGAAAAUUUUGCUUAUGAAGCUACUAAGUAUAGGCACAUUAUACUGAGAUAACCAUGAUUGGUAUUUGUCUCCAUGUUACAUGAUCCAAAAGGAAGUACAUGGUCAUCAUAUGUAAUAGGAGGUAUAAGAAGUACACAAACAAUGACGAACUUGAUUACCGUAGAAGAUAACGGCAACACCGAGGAUCAUGAAGCAAGCCAGAAUCACUCAAAACCGGUCUCCAACCCGAGUGAUCGUACUAGCCCUAACACUACCAGAGAGUCCAAUGUGAGAUACUCCGCAUUCUCAAACCUAAAAUCAUCGCAGAGGCACGACCUCGCCAUGAUAUUCACGUGCAAGGUGUGUGAGACCCGGUCGGUGAAGACGGUGUGCCGUGAGUCCUACGAGAAGGGCGUCGUGGUUGCCCGGUGCGGGGGGUGCAGCAACCUCCAUUUGAUCUCCGACCGGCUUGGGUGGUUCGGUGAGCCCGGAAGCGUCGAAGAUUUCCUGGCGGCACGAGGAGAGGAGGUGAAGAGAGGUUCUGCAGAUACCUUGAAUCUUACCUUAGAGGAUUUGGCCGGAAAUAAGUCAUCGUGAUCUUCUGGAUUUUAGGGGAUGUUCGGUUGGAUAACUGUUAUAAAUAUAGUGUAAUUGAAGAUGCAUUUAAUCAAAAAUAUAAUAGUCACAACUGCUUUACAACUAUAACUAUAAUUUGUUUGGCUGCAUAAAAAGUGAUUAAGAAUGUAAGUUUUUUUUUGUUUAAAA